UUACUGUGGAAAAUCCCCAACCUUGUCACAUUUCGUUUGAGCGAGAUGAAUUAUCAAAAUUGUAAAUACCUGACGCUAGCCCAACACUCUGUUUCACCCGGAGGCAUUUUCUGAACGCACCCGACAAAAUAAACGGUCCUGCGCCCUCCGUACUAGGAAGUGCGGAGAAAUUGAUGUGCCUUUUUAAGCUGAGUUGGCUCCUGUCAAAUCUGUGGAUUUAUUUUUCUUGUUGUUUAUUCGACCCGAGGUCGAUUGCUCAUUAAGCACGGAGUAAUAAUACACGCCUCGUCCUUAAAAUGCCCCGGAGAAAGAGGACCGCAGGCAGCAGCUCAGACGGAACCGAGGACUCGGAUUUUUCCGCCGACCUCGAACACGCCGAAGUUCCCGAGAACGCGCACAGACGUAGCAGCACGCGCCUGACCCGCGCGUCACUGCGCCUCAGUCAGAGCUCACAAGAUAACUGCAGUUCUCCAACAGCUGUGGCUCCUGAUGAAGGUCCUGAUUCAGCAGCAGAGGCAGCAGCAGCAGCAGCGGCGGCGGCAGCAGCAGCAGUGGCAGCAUCGGUCUUCUCCUCUGGGCGCAGGAUCACACGCAGCCAACAGGGGGCGACAAACACCACAGCCAAAAGAUACCCACUGCGUCAGAGUAGGUCAUCUGGCUCAGACACUGAGGGUAAUGCAGAACUAAAACAGGGGGAGGACCGGGACGAGACUCCUCCCCGCACUCCAACAGGCAACGCCCCAUCCUCGGAGUCCGACAUUGAGGUUUCCAGCCCAAGCAACGACCUUGUGUCUUCCAGCAAUGAUAUUGUAGUGUCACAGGAGGAGGACGAGAGAUUGGCGAAAGAGCUGUCACUCAAAGAGGCCGCCGCCCACGACCUCUCCCACCGGCCCAAACGACGGCGCUUUCAUGAAAGCUACAACUUCAACAUGAAGUGUCCCACACCUGGCUGCAACUCACUGGGUCAUCUAACAGGGAGACAUGAGAGACAUUUCUCUAUAUCUGGAUGUCCUCUCUACCACAACUUGUCUGUUGAUGAGUGCAAGGGCAAGGCGUCAACGCGCGACAAACAGGCUGAGGAAAGGACGCUGUCACACCGCCAGGACGAGAACAGACAUUCCACAAGAAGCCAGGCUCCAACAGAUCGUCAACUGCGCUACAAGGAGAAGGUAACUGAGCUGAGGAGGAAGAAGAACUCUGGCCUCAAUAAGGAACAGAAGGACAAGCACAUGGAGCACCGUCAAAGCCACGGGACGAGCCGGGAGCCACUGCUGGAGAACAUCACCAGUGACUACGACCUUGAGCUGUUCAGGAAAGCGCAGGCACGUGCAUCGGACGACCUUGAUAAACUCCGUCUGUCCGGUCAGGUGUCAGAGGGCAGCAACAUGAUAAAGACGAUCCUGUUUGGCCGCUAUGAGCUGGACACCUGGUACCACUCUCCAUAUCCCGAGGAGUACGCCCGCCUGGGGAGGCUCUACAUGUGCGAGUUUUGCCUUAAGUACAUGAAGAGCCAGACCAUUUUGCGUAGGCACAUGGCGAAGUGUGUGUGGAAGCAUCCUCCAGGUGACGAGAUCUACAGAAAAGGGAACAUCUCUGUGUUUGAGGUGGAUGGAAAGAAGAAUAAGAUUUACUGCCAGAACCUGUGUUUGCUGGCCAAACUCUUCCUGGACCACAAGACCCUCUAUUACGAUGUUGAACCUUUCCUCUUCUACGUCAUGACUGAAGCUGACAACACAGGCUGCCACUUGGUCGGAUACUUCUCUAAGGAGAAGAACUCUUUCCUGAACUACAACGUCUCCUGUAUCCUCACUAUGCCACAGUACAUGAGGCAGGGCUAUGGCAAAAUGCUCAUAGACUUCAGUUACCUGCUAUCCAAGGUGGAGGAGAAGGUGGGGUCACCUGAGCGUCCUCUGUCUGACUUGGGCCUCAUCAGCUACCGCAGUUACUGGAAGGAAGUGCUGCUGCGCUACCUGAACAAUUUUCAAGGCAAGGAGAUCUCCAUCAAAGAGAUCAGUCAGGAGACGGCAGUGAACCCUGUGGAUAUUGUCAGCACGCUGCAGUCCCUCCAAAUGCUCAAGUACUGGAAAGGGAAGCACUUGGUGUUAAAGAGACAGGACCUUAUUGAUGACUGGAAGGCCAAGGAGACCAAACGGGGCAACAGCAAGACUAUUGAUCCCACAGCCUUAAAAUGGACACCGCCUAAAGGGACGUAGAGAAGCUUCCUUUCACACUGCAAAACCUUAAAACACACUCCAACACAGUCAGACCCACCCCGUACACUGGCAUGCUCACACACACACACUUGUACAAACUGUUUUCAGCAGCUCCGGCAUAUCAUCCACUUAUAAAGUCAGACAUUACUCCGGGUUCAAGCAGUCACUGUCAUGGCUUUGGGAGAAACGACUUCAUGUCAAAAUUAUAUGAAUUUAAACUGGAAAACAAUUGUGCAAAAGAUCUGUCUACUAAACUACAUGUCAGAAAACCAUGACACAUAUGCCUGGAACAUAAAAGUUAUAACUUUUUAUUUACUUUGAUACUUUGAUUUAAGCAGUAUAAAAAGGAUGUCGUCGCACCUGCUAUUUACUUCCAAUACUCACUUCAAAGUCCAGGGUGUAAGAAUAAGUGACGACUCCUCCCUUCACCCUUUUCUAUGUCCUAAGCACUUUGGGGAAAUGACUUAUGGUCGGCCUCUGCAGACCAGACAGGAUGUCCUGUUAAUAGUGGCUUCUGUAAAUGCUCUAAAUACGUCACCUUUUGCCUUGUCACUACUGUUUUGUAAUGUUCCGUCACGUUAUCGUAUGGCGUUAUAAUUAUUGAACAAUGAUCCAACUUUAUUUUAGACCUGAAACUGGAAAAUAAUAGAACUUAAACAUUAAUGGUGACGAGGUUAUUUGUCCCCUGUGAACCCCCAAAGUAUUUAGUCUUAAAUAAACACAUUUAUAUUUACCCAGUACGUAUAUAGACUCACUGGCCACUGUUCAAGUGCUUGUUAACACUAAUAUAUCGAAUCACAUGGCAGCAACUCAGUCCAUAAAUGUAUGUCAACAUAGUCAAACUGAGCAUUAUAGUGAAGAACGGUGAUGCUGGUCUGAGUAUUUCAGCUCAUCUGUUUGCAGUCAUCUCAAACUAGUGUCUUGAACAUGAUCAUAUUAUGUUCACUGUACUCAAAUGGCUUCACAAUGUCACUGUCAUGAACAGUGUCAUUAAGGAAAAGAGUUAUUAUAUUAGUCAAUUGAUGUUUCACUAUUAAUGUUUAAUUUCUUUAGUUUCCAGUUUCACGCCACAACAAAAGUAGUGUGACUAAAAUAUGAAACGAUGGGCCACAGUAGGAGUCAGUGACGUCAGUGUGUCGACCCCUCCUCAGCCCUAUUUGUUUUCUGAAAAGUGAGAGUAAUUGUGCGUCGUUGGCGCGCCUCCUCUCAGACACUCGAUUAGCACAGAUCACCAGACACACUCGCUAAUUCAAUCUGCAGUCAUCCAGGUAUUGAACCUGUGCAGCAGCAGCAGCAGCAGCAACACACACGAUGAUGGCAGCUGACUGACUCAUGCCACACACUGUGGCAGACGCAGACCAGCUGGCUGUGAUUAAAGACAACAAGACCUGCACUCACACUGUAUCAAGUUUGGAAGAGACAAGAACCCCCAAACCUCAGUUUAUCGUCCUGGUCACAUGGACUAAAUUUAAAAAAAAAAGAUUUUAUUCAGUCCCUGUGAAUAAAAUAUGACCCGCUUUUAUCAGUGCUGGUCUUUCAGAUAUAUAUAAGAUUGUCUUCCAAAAAUGACCCCUCAUAUCAACUUGUGGCACUUUGGGCUGAAAUAAGUACAUUUCAUUUGAUGACAACAAUUUCCUGUUUAUGAAUGUCAUUAGAUUUAGGCACAAAACUCACCUGGUUAGGCUGAGGAAGAGCUCAUGGGUUGACACAACAUCCUCUCAUCCUUGUAAAAAAAAAAAAAAGCAAGGUAUGAUGCUAUUUAAAACAGGCUAGGACGUCGUACGCCUGAUGUUGAACUGUGGUCUGUGAAGUGGAAGUGUACUACACACAACAAAGAAUGUUAUUUUUGGUAUGUGAAGGCCACCAUAGUUUCCUGACACGCGAGGGAAAGGGAGUAGUGAGCGUGAGGAGUCCUCUGUUUGUUGCAAUCUGUAGUCUCACCAUUAGAGGUCACUAAUCCUUACACACUGGACCUUUUUUACGCAUAAAUCUAAAAUUUUCAUCAGUAUUGCUCAUACUUGAUGAACUUAAUCUCAAACUAUUUCUCUUAUCCUCGAAAAGCACCCAGUGAAAGUAUAAUUAAUUCAAUUGUGCAACGAGAAAAGAGGGUGUCGGGUCAAGUCAUGUGCCUCUGAUUUUACUUUUUACUGUAAAAGAAAAGAAAAAGACAAAUAUACAGACCAAGCAGUGGCUGUUUGAACUCGGUGAUUCUAUUUCUCUCCCAUGUAACAAACACUCUCUGUGACUACACCGUAUUUAACCUAUUUCAGUAGUAGUCAGUUAACCGGGAAGCUAUAGCUGCCAUUGGCCAUGUUUGGACUGUGUUGUGUUCCCAGUGUUGUGUUCUCCUGUGCCUCACACACUCACACACUCACACACACACUCUGCCCAUCGGUUAUGUUCUGUCUCAGUGUUGAAAUGUCCACACUUUUCUGAAAAGCAAAGGUACAUGAGGAAUCUCGGCCGAGUGUGGGAGCACAGUGUUUUCGGUCUUUGUGUUGACUUUGUUCGAGUUCUCAAUGAUAUUUUACACUUUUCUACCUCUAAGGUUUUUACCACUGUAUGAAAGCUAAAACGGCCCCAUUUUUACCGUGUUCUUUUCUUCCCCUUUUUUUAUAUUUUGUGUGAAAAUAUGUAACUGUGUUUGGCCAGCGAAAUGUUGUUGUUUUUUUCAUUAGAAUUUAAAAAAAAAAAGACACCAUAUUUAUUUUCUUAAAAAAAAAAGAAAAGAAGCUAUGUUAACUGCGUAGAACGUAGAGUAACAGACAAAGUCUGGUAGUGGAACGUCGACUCCAUUUGACCGGUUUUCUUGUGAAUAUAAAUAUUUAUUUAAAACGUUGUACGUAGAUUUGAAUGUGUUCAGAAUCUCAUAGAAAGGUACAAGACCUGCCACAAACAAAUACAAUGACACAAGUCAUUUUCAUUUCAGACAUUUAUAUCCUGGUAUCAGUGGACGUGACACAUUUAAAUCAAUUUAAAAGUGUCACUUCUGCACAUUGUCAUUGUUUGAUUACGACGCAUUUGCUGCCUACUUGUGUUAGAGCAGGGGUCUCAAACUUAAAUGGCCUUGGGGUCACCGAGCAUCUAGUCUUGUUGUUAUUAUUAUUAUGAAUCACAUUUUGGGUGUCAAAAACUGACCCAAAAAAACGUCUAUUUGAAACUUAUUUUAUUGUUUUAAAAAGCAACUAUUCAUUUAGGGGUGGGCAUUAUGAGCUUAGAUAUGAUAGAUAUUUUACACAGAAAUAUUAAAAUAAAUAAAAGUGUCUGUGUUGACACGGAACAAUAUUAAGUUCAUGAUUAAUUUUUUUUUAAUUUGUGAUGCAAAAUUAAUCUAUUACUUAAACAAAUAUUAAGUGGAGGGCCACAUGUGGCCCGUGAGUUUGAGGCCUCUGUGUUAAGAGCAUAAUCAGCAGCAUUUAUACUAUUUUUUGUUCUAUACGCCCACUGUGCAAUAAUUAUUAUUUUUUAACUGUAUUGAUAUUCAGUGAUAUGGAUCAAUAUGUUGUUCCUUACCAGCUUUUAGGGUUUGCUAACAUUUUGGGAAAUGUGCAUGUCUGAAUGGGGGGGGAAGAAAAAAAGCUUUACCUAGCAACCAGUUAGCUUAGCUUAGAUUGUCUUAGCUGAAAAUAGACUGAAAGAAACUUAGUCUGCUGACAACAUGUUAACUCAGUUAAUUAUCUUAGUUAAUUAUCUGAAAACAGCUUUAGUGACUUUUACAGGUGCUUGUUGGUUAAGUGGACAAAGCUAGGCUAGCUAUUUCCCCCCCCUGUUUUCAGUGUUCAUGCUGAACUAAGCUAAGCAGCUAUACAAUGUCAGCCUCCUUAUGUACACUAGCUCAGCAACACAAAGUGAAUGUGUGUAUUUCUACGAAUGUCAAACUAUUCCUUUAAACACUGUGCAUAAGCUGAGACAGCAGUUGGCUGUGAAAUUGGAGGUGUGAGGCCAACAGUGUCAGAGUGAAUCAGCCUUUCUUUUUAUGAUUUGUAGUUUUUGUGUCACGAUUUCAAACGUGGAGGGAUUGUGUUCUUUCACACACAGACUGCUGUUACAUUUGUUUGUGUCUGUCGCCCAUUAAGUGCACAAGUUAUGUAUUUCUGUGUCUUAUUUUCUUGUUUGUUAUAGUGACGUUUUCCAAUGUUGACUGUGUUUUAUCCGCUAAUGUUUUCUCUAAUCCUGUACUUGUGGUUUAAUUUGGGUUUUUACACGAGGGAGUUCACAAGUCGCGUCACUGACUGACAGACUUUAAAAAUCAUAACAAAGAGUUUAUGCAUUUCAUACAACAGCAUUUAUCCUUUUAGCGCCUGUGCUCAAUAAACCUCUGUCAAAUAUGCUACUGACUGAAAUCAUUGUUGUAAGCGUCUAAGUCUAAAGUGCAUUUACAGAAAAGUGCACUUACAUUAUUAAGAAAUUUCAAAAGUAAAACAAAAAAAUCUACUGUAAAUUAGUGCAGACAGGUGUGUUUUUAUUAUUAUUGGUAUUAUUAUAAUUCUAUAUUAGACAAUAUACAGAAUCUUACAUAAAAAUAACCAUCAUUACACUGUUUUGUCAAAAAAAAAAGUGCAAUGUGUUGAAUAUGACAUAAACAUAACAAUGUCUUCUUUUUUUUCUUUGAAGAAAACAUGUUUUGUCACGGUGUCUCCGUCUUGUUUGUUUCUCUCAUUUCUUUUUCGUCCUGUGGUCUCGCUGUGGUCUCUGUGCCAGUGGCAGCUAUAGAUUAGCAGCUUCGGAGCGUCUCGCCGGUCAUUAACACAAUUGAACAGUGUCACUGUUAAACGAGAGGCAUUCCAUCACCUGCCACAGCGACCAGCCAGCUGUUACAAUACAGCCACCGAUUUUAACCACACGGCACACAAAAGUAGCGUGGCAUUGAUGUGUAGCUCACUUGUGGUUUUUGUACGUGCUUCUCCCCAUUACCUCCCCUUCAAUAAAUGCAAAUGGUGAUCUCUG